AUGAAAGCUAACCUCACUCAGCACAAAAGACUACACAUCAGGGUGAAGGCCUAUGAAUGUAAUGACUUUGGGAAAGCCUUCAAAAAUAUCCAUUUUCUUAGGAAUCAUGUGAACACUCAUACUGGAGAAAAAUCCUUUGGGUAUAUUCAAUGUGGAAAGACAUUUAAUGAGUUUCCAUUUCUGGAUCCUGCACUGUAGAAGCAGAAAGUGAAUAUGAGGAAAGUGCAGAAAUCAAAGAAAAAGGGGUAAUGGAAGGAGGAAGAGAAGCAGAAACCCAUGGAAAUGUGGAAACAUGCAGAUCAGAUGGAUGCUGAGGACCCAGUCCUGCUGAAACAGUGCCUGGGAUCUGGCUGUGUGAAUCCCACUCGGCCAGGUUCCAAGUAUUGCUCAGACUACUGUGGCAUGAAGCUGGCAGCUGAACGCAUCUAUGAGAUCCUGCCCCAGCGCAUACAGCAGUGGCAGAACAGCCCCUGCAUUGCUGAAGAGCAUAGCAAGAAAAUGCUUGAGAGGAUCCUCCGUGAGCAGCAGGACACUCGCACCUACCUAAAGACCGUGGAGCAUCAGUUCCAUGAACUUGAGGAUAUCAUUAUACGUGGCAAGCAGCAGACUGUGUGCAAUGAUGAAGAGAGCACCAGAUUUAUGGACAAAGCCCACCAGAAGAUCUUCUGUGUCUCCUGUGGGAAAUCUAUCAGUAUGCAGGUCGCCCUGCGCCACAUGGAGCACUGCUUUGCCAAGUAUGAGUGCAAAUCGUCCUUCGGGUCCUUGUACCCCACUUGCAUUGAAGGGGCCACAAGGCUCUUCUGUGACUUUUAUGACCCAAAGAGUAAGAGGUACUGUAAGCGGCUCCAGGUGCUGUGCCCUGAGCACUCAAAGGACCCCAAGGUACCAGAUGAUGAGGUAUGUGGUUGCCCACUAGCACACAAUGUCUUUGAACUCACUGGUAAUUUCUGUCGCCUCCCCAAACGCCUGUGCAACCACCACUACUGCUGGGAAAAGCUGAGGCGUGCAGAGGUGGACCUAGAGCGCGUGCGAGCGCUGUACAAGCUGGAGAUGCUGAGUGAGCAGGAGGGCAAGGUACGCACAGCUAUGAAGAACCGGGCAGGUCUGCUGUCCCUGAUGCUUCACCAGACAAUCCAGCAUGACCCGCUCACCACUGACCUACGCUCCAGAAUACAUGACUGAGCCCUGUUCUGCUGCAGUCCUGUACCCAACAUCCUGUGCAAGGAUGGCACUUGACAAUUUCCUCAAACACACCUGUUUCUUUAACCACUUCUUUCUCAGGGCCUCUCAGACUGUCUCUGUAUUUUGUUUAUCAUUUGGUCUCCUGCUUCUGUCUAUCCCUUUCUGGGAGGGGGUCCUCAAAAUUGUCCCCUGUUUCUACUCAUUCUUCCAUCCGUGAAUCUGUAAUGGACCAGGGGAAUCUUCUCUAGUUUCAUUUCCCACUGCCCAGACUUUUGUUUAUAAACUUUGGAAGAACAAAGUCUUUUCAUAUCUCCUGAUGAACCCUAAACCCAUCUGUCUGGCCACAAACCCAAUUCUGGAACUCCAAUGGCAGUGGGUAACAGUGCAACUAUAUUUACGAACAGGCUACAGUGCCCAUGCAGGGGUGGGUAUGAAGUGAUGCCCACUAAGUGUUCAGUGGGUCCUAUUCUGUCAAGG